AUGGAGGUGUUACGGGAAAGCAGAUAUAUUACGACGGCGGGGCAGAAGGAAAGCUCGGCCGGCGCGGAGGAAGAGGAGGAGAACCCCGCCAAGAUCCAAUUUGGGCGCUGCGAAGAAGAAGAGAACAUGAUGUUUAGCAGGGAUGACGAUACGGUGACGCUAAUGGAGCUGAAUGAUUUCGUUCGUCAACUUCAUAAGAAAAAGUUGAUUGAUGUCCUUAGUUUCUGUGAGACAAAAGCAACGCCAAUAGUAGAAGGUUAUGGAGGCUGGGCUUUUCAUAUGGAGAUUGUACCCAUCCUGGAUUUGGUGAACUCG